AUAAAAGUCUGAAAAUGUACUUGCAGAACUGCAUAUUACUACUGUUCAGCAGAAUCUUCCAAACCCAACUUGUAAAAGAAAUAAACAUAUAAACACGCUUUCUUCAUUGCUCGGCGUUCUAAACCAAUCCCUAAAUUGAGAAAUCAUCGUCCCGAGUCUCGCAAUCUCCGCCAUUGGGUUCCGUGUUUUUGUCAGUAGUUUUAGUCUGAUCCACCUCUCUGUCAUCACAAGACUCUCUCCCCUGUCUGCGUUUGUAUGUAUUCCCCCCCUUUUACUGGAUAUUGGUAUGCUCACAGAAACUUCAAUUUCAGCUCUAUUUUAUUUUAUUUAUAAUUUAAAAUUAUCAUAUCGUAUUGGGAGGUCCAAUUUUUUUUUUCGAGUUCUUUAUUAACAUUUUGGAAUUAGGCUCUGUUUGGGUAGUACCAGUUGGAAGUGUUUGUUUUUUUUUAACGGGGAAUGUGUAACUUCUUUCCUGUAUGGAUGAUCUAAAAAAAUCUGAAAAAUACUUCGAAGUUUGUGACUAAAGAACGUCUUAAACUUAAUGGAACUGCUGCUGGUUACAUGUCUUUCUUCUAGUAAACUGAGUUUGAAGUAACAAAUGUUUUCCAUUCCAUGAGUAAUGUACCAUGAGGCGUGCUUGCAGCUUGGAAUAGAUUGCCAAUUUUGCUCUGUGAUCAGAUUUUAAUGUCUCAAUGUUGUGUUGUUUUAUCAUUUGCGGGAUGCUGAUAGUGAGAUUGUGGUUCAGUUAAAGGCAGGAAGGAUUCCUCCACUGAGGAAAAAUGGAAUUGGGAACCUCAGAGUCAUCAUAUCCAGGUUCAGGGAACUGGGAGAUCCCAAUUGAUCUGUUCGGUUCCAAAAAGCAUGCCGGAGUCCCUCGUGGUGUUCUAGCAUUUGCAGAUGAGUCUGAUAACGUAGUCUUCAGGGUGAACCGCCACCCACCCAAUCCUAACUCAUCGCCCCUUCCCAAGGACAAGAAAGUAUUGGUCGAUGCCUCAGGCCAUACCCUCUUCUCCAUCUACAGCUAUCAUAAUGGGUCUUGGAAGUGCUAUAAGGGAGACAGUGAUGGGAAUAGGGAGCUGGUGUUUAGAGUGCAGAGGACCCUCAAAACAUUUACUAGAGUUGAGUUAGAGGUACUUUUUGAGAGUGGAAGAUCCAAUGAUGAAGUUUGUGAUUGGAAAGUGAAGGGUUCACCUUUUCAGAGAUCAUGCUGCAUCUAUAAAGAUGCUGACUUGGUUGCACAGAGUAGCCUGAUGUACAAGCUCCACCAAAUAUUUGUCAGUAGGGGAAAAUUUCGUCUAACAAUCUUUCCGGGGACUAUUGAUCAUGCUCUAAUCGUGGCUAUGUUUGUGAUAUUUUUAAGUGGAAGAAAGUAGUGUCAUUGACCCAAAUGAAACUGCAAGGAGAAAAAAUGGUUUUGAUUAAUGUCUUUGAUGAUCUUUCUGUCUCACUCAUACACAUUUAUUUUUCUCAUAACAUCGGUUCAUCCAUUGACUAAUAAGGGGAACAAAUGGGAUAUUGUUCUUUAUAGGAAGCAAUGUUUUAUUUAAACCGGUGCUAGAUCCUAUCCCCAGAAACAUUUUCAUUGUUAUUGAACUGGGCAACUCAUGAAUGAUUUAUCAUUUAUCCCUAUUGGAUAAUACUUUUAUUUCACCUAUCUUCAUUCUCACCAUUCAUUUGGAACGUAGCCAGUAUGUAUGAAAAUAUAGAUAUAGAUUUGGAGGAAGCAUCCACAUUUAGAAUACAGAUCCAACCAUAGAGAACCAGAGACUGGUAAAAUAUCUGUACUGAAAUUUGAUUCAGCAAUCAAUGUAUUUAUUUAGUGAAAUUGGACACAUUUGGAUAGACUA